CCACAACCCACCCCAUCAGUGGUACUGCAGGUCAGGCUUGUGCCCUGUUGCCUCCCACAAGCCUCACAUCCCCUCUGUGAGCGGCAUGUCUCUGAACAAGUUAGCUUGGAUAUCACCAGGGCUAUUUUCAUCCCUCGUUGGUCGCACUGGUCCUCACUUGCUGGCAACCACAGCAUUUAACCAGGUGCUGUGUCAUUCUCUCCCUGCCUGGUCCCAUUCCCUCACCUCCCCUUACCGCCCAGCGCUGGCAGCAUUGGUACCUGGCUGCUGCCUCCUCCCCACUGCAGGCAAAACCAGCUACCCACUUGUGUAAAGCUGGGGCAUCACCCAGAAUCAGUGAUGUUUGUUCCCUUGCUUCUGAGCAGGAUCUGGCCCAGAUGCAAACAGCCCCACCUCUGUGUGCACUUGCCCUGUGGGGAGGGGUCCCCAAUGGGCAGGGUGGGAAUGAGUUCCUCGGUACCCCUGGGAGGGCAGUUUUGGGGGAAGGGGGGGCAUCCUCAGCCUGAAUCUCUUCCCUCUCUCUCUGUUCCCACAGUUAAAAAGGCAAAGUUUGAUGGACCCCAAGAGAAGUUUAACACCUACGUGACACUGAAGGUACAAAAUGUCAAGAGCACAACCAUUGCAGUGCGGGGCAACCUGCCCUCCUGGGAGCAGGACUUCAUGUUUGAGAUCAACCGGCUUGACCUGGGCCUGACGGUGGAGGUGUGGAACAAGGGGCUCAUCUGGGACACCAUGGUGGGGAUGGUGUGGAUCCCCCUCCGUACCAUCCGGCAGUCCAAUGAGGAGGGCCCUGGGGAGUGGCUCACGCUUGACUCCCAAGUCAUCAUGACCGACAAUGAGAUUUCGGGCACCAAGGACCCCACUUUCCACCGUAUCCUCCUUGACACCCGCUUUGAGCUGCCUCUGGAUAUCCCUGAGGAGGAGGCCAGGUACUGGGCCAAGAAGCUGGAGCAGCUCAAUGCCAUGCGGGACCAGGAUGAUUAUGCCUUCCAGGAGGAGCAGGAAAAGCCUUUGCCCGUUCACGGCUCCCAGUGCUGUAACUGGAAUUACUUCGGAUGGGGAGAACAGCAGAAUGAUGACCCUGACAGCACAGUGGAUGAUCGUGACAGUGAUUAUCGCAGUGAGACUAGCAACAGCAUCCCACCACCUUACUACACCACCUCCCAGCCCAAUGCCUCUGUCCACCAGUACCCCAUGAGGCAUCAGCAGCAGAGCUCCCGUGACUCCUACACCGACUCCAUGCAGAGCUAUGAGAUGGACUACUCAGACCAGCAUCCCAUCAGACGCUAUGGUAGCGUUGAUUCUGCCGCAAACAGGCGCAGUGACGCCGAGUCCGCUUCUGAGUCGAGCAGGCGGACCAGCCGCCAGCCUUCCCUUGAGAGCAGGCGGUCCCUAGACCUAUCUGAUAGCCCCACGGGGAGCAGCCAUUAUGCCUCAUCUGCUGAGCUGAGCCAGGGCAGCUCCCAGCUGAGUGAGGACUUCGAGAACGAGAGCCUACGGGACUCAGAGCUGGAUGAGCGGGAUGGGGACUCCUACCACUCCUGCCAUAGCUCCGUCAGCUACCACAAGGACUCACCCCGCUGGGAGGAGGAGGAGGAGGAGGAGGAUGAUGACCUCUACCUGGAGGAGGAGGAAGAGUUCAAUGAGGACUACAGUGAGAAUGAGGAAGGCUGCCCCAAGGAGGUGGAGGAGAAGGACCUGCGGGAGCAGGGCACCUACGAAGUCCCUGAGCACGAUGCCUACCCCCCACUGCAGAAACCCCCCGGGCAGCAGCAGCAACCACAGCAACCCCAGUUGGUCCCUCAGCUGAAGCUGCAGCAGCAGGAGAGGAAGGAGGAGAGGAAAGAGGAGAGGAAGGAGAACGACUCCUCUGCCCCUGAGGAAAUCCCAGAGACCCUCCAGGCCCAGCAGAGUGUGGAUGAAGCUCCCCUGCAAGAGUCAGCUCCUGAGCCUGAGCCCCCAAAACCAUCUGAGAGGGAGCAAGCAGAGGUGGAGGUGCAGGACCCCAAAGCACGAGCCAAAGCCAACUGGCUGAGAGCCUUCAACAAGGUCUGCAUGCAGCUGCAGGAGGCUCGCGGGGAUGGUAAUGGAGAAGCUAAAUCCCUGUGGUUCAAAGGCGGGGGGGCGGCAGUAAGGUUUCUGCGCUGCAUUAACAGCAUGCCCGACAUUAAGCCUGGACGCAAAUCUCUCCCUCUAGUCAGCGAUCUGGUGAGCUCCCUGGUCCAGUCCAGGAAAGCAGGAAUCACAUCUGCGCUGGCCUCGAGCACCUUGAACAAUGAGGAGCUGAAAAACCAUGUUUACAAGAAGACCCUGCAAGCCUUAGUGUACCCCAUCUCCUGCACAACACCCCACAACUUUGAGGUGUGGACGGCCACCACCCCUACCUAUUGCUAUGAGUGCGAGGGGCUGCUGUGGGGAAUCGCCCGGCAGGGCAUGCGCUGUGCCGAGUGUGGCGUCAAGUGCCAUGAGAAGUGUCAGGACCUGCUCAACGCUGACUGCCUGCAGAGGGCGGCAGAGAAGAGCUCCAAGCAUGGAGCAGAGGACCGGACCCAGAACAUCAUCAUGGUGCUGAAGGACCGCAUGAAGAUCCGGGAGCGCAACAAACCAGAGAUAUUUGAGCUGAUCCAGGAGGUGUUUGGGGUCACCAAGACCACACACACGCAGCAGAUGAAGGCAGUGAAGCAGAGUGUCCUGGAUGGCACCUCCAAAUGGUCAGCCAAGAUCAGCAUCACAGUUGUUUGUGCCCAGGGCCUGCAAGCAAAGGAUAAGACAGGCUCCAGUGACCCCUAUGUCACUGUCCAGGUUGGAAAGACAAAAAAAAGGACUAAAACUAUCUACGGCAAUCUCAACCCAGUCUGGGAGGAGAAUUUCCAUUUUGAGUGCCAUAACUCCUCUGACCGCAUCAAGGUCCGUGUCUGGGAUGAGGAUGACGACAUCAAGUCCCGUGUGAAGCAGCGCUUCAAGAGGGAGUCUGACGACUUCCUGGGCCAGACGAUCAUAGAGGUCCGGACCCUGAGUGGGGAGAUGGACGUGUGGUACAACCUUGACAAGCGGACAGACAAGUCGGCUGUGUCGGGAGCCAUACGGCUGCACAUCAGUGUGGAGAUCAAAGGCGAGGAGAAGGUGGCUCCCUACCACAUACAGUACACAUGCCUGCAUGAGAACCUGUUCCACUUUGUGACGGAUUUGCAAAACAACGGAGUGGUGAAGAUCCCUGAUGCCAAGGGGGACGAUGCCUGGAAGGUGUACUUUGAUGAGACAGCGCAGGAGAUCGUAGAUGAGUUUGCCAUGCGCUAUGGGGUGGAGUCCAUUUACCAGGCCAUGACGCACUUUGCCUGCCUUUCCUCCAAGUACAUGUGCCCCGGGGUGCCAGCAGUGAUGAGCACCCUGCUUGCUAACAUCAAUGCCUACUACGCACACACCACAGCGUCUACCAACGUUUCAGCCUCCGACCGCUUUGCUGCUUCCAAUUUCGGGGUAAGUCCGAUGAAGGAGCGUUUCGUCAAACUCCUUGACCAGCUGCACAACUCGCUGCGGAUUGACCUGUCCAUGUACCGGAACAAUUUCCCUGCCAGCAGCCCCGAACGGCUGCAGGAUCUCAAGUCUACAGUGGAUUUGCUGACCAGCAUCACCUUCUUUCGGAUGAAGGUCCAGGAGCUGCAGAGCCCCCCACGAGCCAGCCAGGUAGUGAAGGACUGCGUGAAAGCCUGCCUCAACUCCACCUAUGAGUACAUCUUCAACAACUGCCAUGAGCUGUACAGCCGCGAGUACCAGACAGACCCGACUAAGAAAGGCGAAGUGCCCCCCGAGGAGCAGGGCCCCAGCAUCAAAAACUUAGACUUCUGGUCCAAGCUCAUCACCCUGAUAGUCUCCAUUAUCGAGGAAGACAAGAAUUCCUACACACCCUGCCUGAACCAGUUCCCCCAAGAACUGAAUGUGGGGAAGAUCAGUGCUGAGGUGAUGUGGAACCUCUUCGCUCAGGAUAUGAAGUACGCGAUGGAGGAGCAUGACAAGCACCGCCUGUGCAAGAGUGCGGAUUACAUGAACCUGCACUUCAAGGUGAAGUGGCUUUACAACGAGUAUGUCACCGAGCUCCCCUCUUUCAAGAGCCGUGUGCCUGAGUACCCUGCCUGGUUUGAGCCCUUUGUUAUCCAGUGGCUGGAUGAGAAUGAAGAGGUCUCGCGGGAUUUCCUUCAUGGAGCACUGGAGCGGGACAAGAAGGAUGGGUUCCAGCAGACAUCAGAGCACGCGCUCUUCUCUUGCUCCGUGGUGGACGUCUUCUCCCAGCUCAACCAGAGCUUUGAGAUCAUCAAGAAACUUGAGUGCCCCGAUCCCCAGAUUGUUGGACACUACAUGCGACGGUUUGCCAAGACCAUCAGCAAUGUUCUACUCCAGUAUGCUGAGAUCAUCUCCAAGGAUUUUGCUUCGUACUGCUCCAAGGAGAAGGAGAAAGUGCCCUGCAUCCUGAUGAACAACAUCCAGCAGCUCCGUGUCCAGCUCGAGAAGAUGUUUGAAGCCAUGGGUGGGAAGGAGCUGGACACGGAAGCCAGUGAUAUCCUUAAGGAGCUGCAGGUUAAACUCAACAAUGUCCUGGAUGAGCUGAGCCGAGUCUUUGCCACCAGUUUCCAGCCACACAUUGAAGAGUGUGUGAAGCAGAUGGGUGACAUCCUCGGCCAGGUGAAGGGCACUGGCAACGUCCCUGCCAGCACCUGCAGCAGUGUUGCGCAGGAUGCUGACAACGUCCUGCAGCCCAUCAUGGACCUCCUGGACAGCAACCUGACGCUCUUUGCCAAGAUCUGUGAGAAGACAGUGCUGAAGCGCGUGCUAAAGGAGCUCUGGAAGCUGGUUAUGAACACAAUGGAGAAGACUAUUGUCCUGCCCCCGCUUACUGAUCAGACGGGCACGCUCUUGAGAAAACAUGGCAAGGGGACAGAGAAGAGCAGGGUGAAGCUGCCCAGUCACACUGAAGGCACACAGAUGAUUUUCAACGCAGCCAAGGAGCUGGGGCAGCUCUCCAAGCUGAAGGACCACAUGGUGCGGGAGGAAGCCAAGAGCCUGACCCCAAAGCAAUGUGCAGUGGUGGAGCUGGCACUGGACACCAUCAAGCAAUACUUCCAUGCCGGUGGCGUGGGGCUGAAGAAGACAUUCCUGGAGAAGAGCCCUGACUUGCAGUCGCUGCGCUAUGCCCUGUCCCUCUACACCCAGGCUACUGACCUCCUCAUCAAAACCUUUGUGCAGACCCAGGCUUCACAGGUCCAUGGUGGGAAAGGUACUAGGUUUACCCUUAGUGAAGAAAUUUAUCCUGAGAAGGGCUCUGGUGUGGAUGACCCUGUUGGGGAGGUGUCCAUCCAUGUGGAGCUCUUCACCCACCCAGGCACUGGUGAACACAAAGUCACUGUCAAAGUGGUGGCUGCUAAUGACCUCAAAUGGCAGACAUCAGGCAUCUUCCGUCCCUUCAUUGAGGUCAACAUCAUCGGGCCCCACCUCAGUGACAAGAAGAGGAAAUUUGCCACCAAAUCCAAGAACAACAGCUGGGCCCCCAAGUACAAUGAGAGCUUCCAGUUCACGCUGGGUGUGGAGACUGGCCCCGAGUGCUAUGAACUGCAGGUGUGUGUGAAAGAUUACUGCUUCGCCCGCGAGGACCGGACGGUGGGCAUCGCUGUCCUGCAGCUCCGUGAUAUCCUGCAGCGACCUGGCUGCGCCUGCUGGCUGCCCCUGGGUCGCCGCAUCCACAUGGAUGACACCGGCCUCACCGUCCUCCGCAUCCUCUCCCAGCGCAACAAUGAUGAGGUGGCCAAGGAAUUUGUCAAGCUCAAGUCAGAUACACGCUCAGCUGAAGAGGGCAGCAAUUAAACCCUUGUCAUUUCCCCAGCCCUCUCCCCCCACUCCUGCCCCCUUUUCUACACCGUCCUCCAGCCAUGUAUAAGCCAUAAGAGUGGCCACAAGAGGAGUCUCCUUCCCUGUGCUGGUGAGGGGGGGCGGUGUGGCUGCAGUGACAGACCCACGCCAUCCUUCCCUCAGCCAGACUGUUUGAGUGGCAGUGAUGCAGAGCAUGGCCAUUCCAUCAUCCCACCCCAAUGGGAAGGUGCUGGGUCUGGUGGGGCUGCAGGGAAAGGCGAGAUCCAGACUUGGGUGCCUGAGAUGGAGGAACCGUAGUGGCCCAUCCCUGACCCUACCCAGACCUCAUCAGACACCAAAAGGAAAGCUGGAAGUGAAGGUGGGAGGGGUGUCUCAUCCCACCCCUGGGGGUACUGAUGAGUUGCUGGCACAGCACAAUGGCCCCUUGUCCCAAUCCCUCAAGCAUCUUCAGGCACCCUGGGGGACAGGGAGGCUCGACCAAGUGAGCACCCUGUACAUAUGUAAAUCGCUGUACAUACACUGGCAGCUGGCCAUGUUCUGUACCUGGAAGGGCUAUUGGGGCUGUUGAGUUGGUGAGUGCAGCCCCCACAUACCCUGCAUAGGGUCCCCUCUUGGAUGGCA